AUGACAUUUAUGAGGCUUAAAGAUCAUGGUGGUUCUUUGAGAUUUGUUGAUCGUCAACAUUUGAUUUUCUUAUCAAAUACAAAUACAUAUCAAAUUCGGGAACGAAUGCGAAUAAAACAGGUUCGCGAACAAUCUAAUUUAUUAGCAACUUGCAUUCGAAAACAAUACGAUGAUGAAAAAGAACGACAAAAAAAAUACGUUAAACAAUACAAAUUUAAAGAAAUGAAGCUAUGGCAAGAAGAAAAAGACGAAAAGUGUGAAAACUUGAUAAAGAUGUCUUAUCAAAAAACAUCAAUCAAUGAAGGUAUUGAAACUAAAAAAGAUGUUUCAAAGUUAUUAUGCAUAAGAUCUAAAUCUAAUCAACAUAAACAUUUUAAACAACGAGAUGUAGCAAACUUGGCUAUUGAAAAUGGAUUAACAGUCGAAAAAAAUGGUAAAACUAAAAUCAAUAUUGAAGCUGCUGAUAGUCGGUAUGAAGGUAAACCAUUAAUAAUACCGUUUAAUGAAGUGUCAGAUUUCAUAUCUACAAAAAAGUUAAUGCUAGAAAAUUAUCGAUUUGUAAAAGACCACGAUAAUGUUAUAUAUGACAAUCGAAGCUUAAUAGAUAAAGAAAAUCUCCAACAUCUUGUUAAAUAUUUGAAUUCUGAAGUAAAGACAGAUCAGACAAAAAAGAAAAGUCUGGAAAUCAACGUGAAAACAGAUGAGUCAAAAAGUGGCUAUAUUGCAGAAAUUCAAAAAAUGAAUGCAGCAUUUAAUAAAUCAAAUAGAGAAGGUAUACGCUUUACAAAAAAUAAUAAGCCUGAUUCUGAAGACGUAGAUAAAUUGCUGAAGAACGUACAAUCAAGUAAAAAACAAAUCAGUGAAGCCUUCAAACUGAUUCUUGACAUUAAUCAGUUUUCACCAAAAAACUAUUCAACUAUGGUGAAAAGUAAACAAUCGAAUGCAAAAAAUAAUGACAGCAAAACACAGCUAUUCUUAAAAACCGUCGUUGAUUAUCAAAACAAAAAUCAAGAGUUUGAAAAUACAAAAGAGCGUGAAAUAAAAAACAAGUCGGUUCAUUUGAAAUACAUUUUAAAUACGUCAAUUGAAAACUCAAUUUCAUCUAAAUCAACAACUUAUAGAUAUCCGAUGAAACAAAUGCGAGCAAGUGAGGAAUAUGAAAAAAAAAUACUUGAUGUGUAUGUAGAGUUAACUGAAAAUUGUAGUAAACGAAUAAUCGAGUUGGCUAAUAUUGUUAAAAACGAUUAUGAUCCAAAUGAAAAUGAAUCAAGUGAAAAAGCUAUUGUAGAAAAAAGUAAAAUAUAUAAGAAUAUCAAACAAGUUGAAGUACUAGGAAAAAGCCUGGAUAGUGGUAUGUUAUCAGAAUCAAGACCAUCAACUAAUGAUCAAAUAAAGGAAGAACGUAGACAAAGAAAGAACGAUGAUGUCACAAAACAUUUUGAUCCGAAUAUAAAUAAAAAAUCAGAAGUUAACGACUCAUUCUUGAAAAAAGAUAUUUAUGAAGGUUUAAAUCGUGAAUUAAAACGAAGAAAGAUAAAAAUAGACCGAACUGGUGAUUCAAAACUGAAUUGGGUUGUAUCUACUCUGUUAAGAACCGAACAUGCUGAAAAAAGCAGCAGCUCAUCAAGUGAAAUCACAAUAAAAAAUUCAGUUGGAUUGAAGGAACUCUUGACAAAACAGUCAAUAUUUGAAACACACGAUAAGUCGCUACUAUCAACAAACAAGCAUUUGAAAGAACUAUUUGGAAUAUCUAAAACUCGAUCAUCAACAUCAUCUUCAAACAAAAUUAAUUUCGAUAAAAAGUUUACGCGUACAUCAACACCUUUGCAACAAAUGUCCACUACGUCCAUCGAUUAUCAAAUAGAAAAAGAAAAAACAAAUGUAUUCAUACAAAACUACGAGAAGCUGCAUAAUCCUUCAAUCGUUAAAUGUGAAAUGUUUUUUAGUGGUUCAGAUUAA